ACUAGUCAGGCAGGCCAGGAUGGGCGGGCAUGGCGGGAUAGGCGAGCCGUGCUGUUGCUGUUGCUGUUGCUGCUGCAAAAUACAGACAAAAAGCCAGGGCCAGUGACGGCAGUGGCAGUGGUUUUCGACAAGAUCCAGGAGGAGUCGUCGUCGCACGGGGCAAGGGGCAGAUGCAGGAACCGGGAAUCUGAGACAGCCCCUCAGCCAAUGGAAGUGGGGUGUGGCAUCCCAAUUAGGGCAAAGCGCCAGGGCAAGGAAGGAGCCCCCGGCCAGCCCACCAAACCCGCCCGCUUGCCGGGACAGGAGGCGCAACCGGCGAGGUUCCAAUUGCAAUUGCGCGAUUGCCAAGAGGCGGACAGGAAUGCUUGCGCGUGGUGAAGCUGCCCUAGACCCUGGUUGCUUGAGCCUCGAGCUGCCCGACCCGACAUUGGACGGUGUGGCGGUGGCCUGGCCUGCCCACGGGCUACGGGCCACUGCCUCUUCAUGCGUACAAGCUAUAAGGAGGAGUGCAACAAUGCCCCGUGUUACUCAGUGCUCUUGUCGGAUUCGCGAUCGACAGGCCACCUAUGUGAUCUCCCCGCGGCAAAGCAUAGUAAAUCCAGACGGUUCUGUCGACCGGGAAUCUGGCUCAAGCGAGACAAAUGAUCGCCCUGAGGUGGCUGUUCUACUCACUAUCGCUGGUGUUAGCCAUUUCUAUUUGCUUCCAGCAGCCAUCCUCCUCCUCCGCCUGUUUAUGCGGGGAUUGUCGGCCAAAGCCGUGUCGUUUGGUUUCGUUCAGCCGGUAUCUCAGAUCAUGUCUCAUGUUCGAGUUCUUGAUGUCGGGAGGCAAGCAAGCAGCAAGCGGUUGAAGAAAGUCUCUAGACUUAUCCGUUGGCAUGUAUGGAAUGUCGUCCCCCUCACAGGGAAAUUCUGCCGUGCGGCUUUAAGUUUUUGGCUUUUUAACGGGCCUCAGCCACUGCCGUCCGUACGUGUGCGUGCCAUGGGUCUCCGUCAGGUACAUCACACUAGCCUGUCCAUGAACAGACGGAAAUCUUGCAUGGCAAUCAAUGUCGAACAUUUUCGCCCAGAAAUCUGUCUCGGAGAAUAUUCUUUCAUCUCGCGGGCUCGAGCUGGCGGUUCGGCUGCCUUGCGGAGCAGUUUCCUGAAAUACACAACACAACGACGGCGAGCUCCUCUGCAUCACCUUCUUGCAAUCGUGACACCAAACUAGCGAGAGGACAUCGGUGUGCGACGCCUCAGUCCUGAAGCCCCGUGUCUUGGCUAUUCCGCUGAGAUCCAGUGGUCGUGGAGUGAACUGAUCAUUUCUCUCUUUGUUGCCCUCCGGAUCCGCGAGCAUGAAUGAUCAGUCGCAAGCCACAAUACCAAGACUCUCACCCAUGGAUACCCCACGGUGCCAGGGGAAAUCGGAGGAGGGCUAACGAAGAGUUUGCAAGGGGGGUUGGAAAGAAGAAAAAAAAAGGAGACCGUUUCACCAGCCGACCCG